UAAAGGAGAGAAAGUAUGCAAAUAUAUGUGCAAGUAAAAGUAGAUUUACAAAACGGAGAAAGGAAACAAGACGAGUAAUUUAUUAAAAUAUGCCCUUUGGGAUUUUCAUACAAGUUAGAAUACAAAUUAAUACCCAACCAGAAAUGAAAGAUGAUACAACGUUGACCCAACGGAUUUAACGUGCAGAUUUUGCACUGUUGAAAUAAGGUGCAGAUUUUCGCAAAAGUCUUGUAAUUUUAACGUUAUAUUUGUGUGAUCAUCACACCGUUAUAAUGAAUUGUGCGAAGCACGGUAAACUAACAGUCGAAAUUCACGUUAAUUUUACUAUAUCGUUGACACAACGCUGAAAUACCGUGAUAAGUUCACGGUAAAACAUGCACGAAGAUUUAACGUGUCCUCAGCGUGAAAUCAACGUGUUAAAGACAUGACGCUGCACGUUCCCCCAUUUUAGAUUCCACCACUCCAUUUCGCUCCAAAUUUUCCACCACCACACCGGCAGCAGCAGAGCUCUACAUUUACUUAUUUAAUAUCUUUGUACUUUCCGAAUUAAUUAUCCUGCUCAUAAAAUUUAAAUAUUUAGUAGUUUUUUUCCUCAAUAACUGGAAAUGAGUCUGGCUGUUAUAACGAGUAAACCAUUUGUGGUGUUAGAAUUCCCCGAGGAGCAAACUGUUGAAGCAGUUCCAGCAAUUUGGCUAACGUCUGACAAGACCGGAUGUCGGUGGCCCAAUAAAGUGACCCCUUCUUUUACAAACAAGAAAAAAGACAAGAAUUCAUCCCCUGGUGAUGGUUGGACUGUCUACAAAUGUCGAGUGCUGGGAGAAUUUGAUAACUAUACUAGUGCCAACGCCGCCGCACACAAGGCGGAGGAUACCUCAGAAAUAGAGGUGUCGAAAGUGGACUUCUCUGCGGGAAAACGCACAAGGAGGACAACGCAACGUCCAGCGCGGUCAUCGUCGUCUGAUUGUGAGGACCUUGACAAACCAAGCCAGGCGAAUUUGACUACCACAAUUCCACAAAUUCCAGUUUCAGUCUGUGAGCCGUAUAAUAAUUUUAUUGGAGGAGCGGUUAAUGAACCUGGGGCUGCUGGCUCCUCGCAAAGUCUUUCAUCAUUGGCUGAAGACGAGAGAAACCAACUAAAUUUUCAAACGGUGGAAAUUUUGCCGAAUUCUCAAACUUUCUUCAUUGACUCCAGCGGAGUUUUAUGCACAUCUGGUCCUACAAAAAACGUGGGAACGUCAAAGUCGUCAAAUUCAGGUUUUUCGGAAGGCUUCCAAGGGGUAAUCAUUAGAGCGUUGGCACGUAUUGAAGCCAAUCAAAGGGACUUCCGUCAAAUCCUGGACGAACUAGUCUUGAAUCAACGGUCAGGGGCAACACCGCAUGUGGAGGUGGAUUAUUCAUCGCUACCAAAAUUCCCUAUCGAGAGUGAGGCCGACUUAACAGCAUUUGAUGUUCAAUUAUCUAUUGAUACGGAAAGGAAAGUAUUUGAGCAGUACCUUGUUGGGAUAGGAGGAACAACACUUCCUAUUACAAUCACCGAAAUUUUGGAGAGGAUAUUUGCAAAAACACUACGGAUCGGAUUGACUUACACGGGCAAGGGCGAUGGAAAAAAAUCGUACAUAUCCUUCUCAAAUAUCAACACGGCUAUCGUCGCUGCUGUGAAACGCAACAGAAAACUAGUCACGGUGCCGGAUGAUUUAGAGAUUAAAUCAAUCAUAAUGGAUAAGCUUCGAUUUUGCCGGAAACCGGAGAAGAAAUCGUCUGAUGAAUAAUUG